GCCGCCGACGGCGCGCCGCAGUGAGCGACGAGAGACACACGGAGGAGAGACGGUGAGUCACCGAGACCAGCCCCGGUCAACGACUGACAACCGGCGGACACGGAGACGGACCUGUCGGUCGGCCCGUUAGUCCGUUAUACCCCACCCCCACCCCCACCCCCACCCCCCACAUCAUCACCACCAUCAGCCCCCACCGCUGCUGCGGAGGCGCACGACGGUCGCGGACUGUUAAUGAGAUCCAGAUGAAACGCAUCGAGCGCAGCGUGGCUUCGACCCGAGAGACUACGGCAACCUGGUCGGCCGCAACCGGACUGCCGCUGCGGGGUUGAGGACCAGGUAACCGGACCGUCGAUGUUUAAUGUUGCUUUGACUUGUCGGGGGCUUCAGCAACUACAGCAUCCAGGCCGACGGCAACAGACUCUGCAGCGGUUACCAGGCCACGGAUUUUCCACGACACUCUGUUGCUUUAACUUACAUAAACGGAGAAUAACGCAACGAGACUCAUCAACCACAUAUAACCCUAAAGGACUGCAGCAACUAACCCCACAGCAACUAAACAUACAGCAACUGUGCCUGCUGUAACUUGUAAAAUAAUUGUUACGGUUUGAUGACCACCAUGUUGCAUCAGCUGGACGGUAACAACAUGAUCGGCAACUACAACUGUUGAUGUUUGAAUCAGUGUGACACUACGGUGUCUCGGCCUGCGACCACACGGGACCUGUCGACUCAUCGCCCAGCAGAUGGGCGUCCUCCCGGGCUGAUCGGCUGACCUGGAGUCAGUCAGCUGACGGCCUCAGGCUGAGCUAAGCCCCGCCCACCACCGCCCCCCCCCCCCUUUCCAGGUUCGGGUGAAGACGACGGCCAACAGUAUGAGCCUCCUGAAGGAGGCGGAGCCUGGCCGAGGGACGGAAGCCAAGACCUGGGCUCAGUCUCUGGUCUACACGCUGGAGGAGCUCGAGUGUAAAAUAUGCUACAACCGCUACGACACUCGAAGUCGCAAACCCAAAGUGUUGGGCUGUCUGCACCGGGUCUGCGCCAAGUGCCUGAAGAAGAUGGUCGACAUGGGAGAGUCUUCUCCGUCUAUCAUCUGCUGUCCAUUCUGUCGCCACGAGACCUACGUCCCCGACGAGGAGGUGUGGUUGAUGGAGGACGACCGACACAUCCUGGCUGUUCUGUCUUGUCAGGACCGAGCCCGGCGAGGUGGAGGAGGAGGUGGAGGUGGAGGAGGAGGUGGAGGUGGAGGAGGGGAGGUGUUGCUGAGUCCAAACAGUCUGACCGGGGGGGGGGGCGUGGAUCCCUCCCACCGGUCCUCGGACUGUCUGGUCAUCACCAUCAUGGAGCUCCCAGAGGACUCCCCAUCCUCGGACUCCCUGAGCAUGCUCAACGUGGUGGGUCUGUACCGCCCCCCCAGCCUGGACUCGCUGCCCUGCAACCUGCCCACCCAGAAGUGUCGCGCCUGGACGUCCCGCAGCUUCCCCCGCUGCCUGCUGGGGGCGCUUUGCCUGGUGUACUUCAGCUCUCUGCCUCUGGGGAUCUACCUGCUGAUGAUUGGUCAGCUGUGGCUCGGCGUGGUCCUGGUGAGUCUGGUCCCGUCCACGCUGCUGCUGCUCGUCCUCUACGGCUUCUGUCAGUGUCUGUGUCACGAGCUGAUGGAGGCGUUUGCCGCGCGCACACAUGCGAUGCCAUGACAGCAGCGACACAGGCGCUACCGCGGUGACGACAAAAUGUCCGCCAGGAGGACACGCUGAGCGCUGCUGACACACGCUGCUAUGACGACAAAACGUGGCCCCGACCCACGAAGACAUCACUGCUGCCAUGACAACAACACUAACGACUGGUCCCCGCUGCCAUGACAACAACACUAACGACUGGUCCCUGAUGCCAUGACAACAACACUAACGACUGGUCCCCGCUGCCAUGACAACAACACUAACGACUGGUCCCUGAUGCCAUGACAACAACACUAACGACUGGUCCCCGCUGCCAUGACAACAACACUAACGACUGGUCCCUGAUGCCAUGACAACAAUAAUAAUGAAUGGUCACCGCUGGCACGACAGUCGAGAACAGGCUGCCGUGACGACACACGGUACACAUUACUAGAAGCAACAACGCAGCCGUUACGACAACAGAGAGAAACCACAACAACCAAAACAACAAUCAGGACAACAAUGUGGGCACCAGAAGCAACAAAUACAUUCACAGCAUCAGUUAUCCCACCAGAAUCGGAACCCAGGGUGUCUUUUGGGUAUCACAUCUCAUUAUAAAUACAUUCAAAUAAUGUGUUGCCCGGAUGUAUUGUCAUAGAACAGAGUGGAUAAAAUACUGUAUUCAUCCCUUCUGGGGAUUUGUGAAAGAGACUGAAAGGAUUAAUAAACAACAACUUUGACGUCCCAUGACACAGCCGCGCUAUAUCAUUCACAUUCAUUCAUAUCCGUUACCUCAAACCUAACGGCAGCAUCGGUUACCAUAGCAACCUACCCAAUUAAGGAGCAAACCACCGUCAUAACUUUACAAGUCCCGCUGUGUAGUACAGGCCUCAGAAAAACCACACCAGAACCAGAACAGAUUCACCCAAAUACAGACUGACCCACCUGUCCACUGACUCCGCCCCCUCUGAAUACCAGCAUACCGCUUCCCCCCUCCUCCUCCUCCCCCAGCUGAUGACAUCAUCACAAGGAGGAUGCAGAGUUUAUCUCACUUUGCUGAUGUUUUGCUGUAAAGGUUUUUACUCUUUCCUGCUGGACAAACUGAGAACAAGUUGUUUCAUUUUAUACACGAAGACUACAGAAUCCAAACUGUCAGCUGAUGUCACAGGACACCAGCCAGCCAAUCAGAGGGGACUUCUUUCUGUGACCAUUGAAGCCGUUGCAGAAUCAACCAGACUGACUUUAAAUAGUUCAUCAUGUUCAACACAUGUAACUUUAUCAAUAUGUGUGAAUCUUUAACUGAUGUUCAUUAAAUACACUUGUUUUCUAUUUUCUUAAGACACCGGGAACAGAGAGAGGACUGUAGCACAAAGACUGGAAAUGAGGGAACUUGUUAGAAUAGCUCCAUCAAAGUCCUGCUUCCUGUCCAACUGUACUCCCACAGUAUUGGCAGAACAUAAAUAAGUGUUAACAUAUUAUUCCAAGAUGCCUUAUUAAAUGUCCUAAUAGAAAUGAAGUCUACAUUACCUUCUUUAUUGUUGUUUGUUAUAAAAACAGUGUAUACAUUAUUUUGAAUGAACUGAGCGUAUGAAUGUAUUUGUUUCAGAUGUGAUAGUAGGUCUCUGAAGGGCGUAACCAUGGUUCACACAUUGUUACAUAAACACAAUCCUCUGUGAAAUUGCCGAAAAAACAGAUUUGUGAUUGAUGUUUUACGACAGUUCUCGUUCUAACAUGUCAAAUCGCAACAACGUGGUCCUCAGACAAGUCACUUCAGCAUUUAAGUACCUCUUCUUCUAAUUUUACAUCACUGCUUCUACAGAUGUUCAAAUUAUUACCAAACCACAUGAAAAUCAUUUAUUAUUUGAUUUAACAGUCUCCCCUGGUUGCAGACUUUGUGCUAAGCUAACAGUCUCCCCUGGUUGCAGCUUUAGCGCUAAGCUAACAGUCUACCCUGCUUGCAGUCUUUGUGCUGAGCUAAAAGUCUCCCCUGCUUGCAGCCUUUGUGCUAAGCUAACAGUUUCUGCUCGUUGCAGCCUUUGUGCUAACAGUCUCCCCUCGUUGCAGCCUUUGUGCUAACAGUCUCCCCUCGUUGCAGCCUUUGUGCUAAGCUAACAGUUUGAGCUAAUAGAGAACAAUACAAUUAAAGAGUUGUCCGGCUGUUUCUCUUAGUUUUCUGUCUUUAUAAAGUGCCAUCGUUUGAUUUGAUGUUUGACUAAUGAUCAUGUGAUGAAGAGGAGGAGGAUACUGUUAGCCCUCAACAGCUGUUGUGUCACUUUCUGUCUCUGUAGAGGGUGGAGCAUGUGCAGUGUGGGCGCCAUUUAAACAUCAAAUAAACUACAGACACUGCAAUAAGAAUCAUUGCAA